AAAAGAAAAAUGAGCAGAGAGGUUUCUUGCGAGUUGGUGGGAGGUAGUAAUCAGUCAGGUGUUUGGGAUACUUUGAAAUCAAGAUACCUUUGCGCUCAUGAGCCUCUGUCUGCUGCUGCAACUGCAACACCAGAUGAUCGAAGAUAUUUGACAUCUCUUUGGGUUUUUGAGGAUAGAGAAGUGGAUGGACCAGAAUCCCCUCUACCCCCUAGCUUUUCUAAUCUGAUGGUCGAUCAAAAUAUCUUUGAGACACACAUGAUUAAGGAAAAAAUCACAUCUGUUCUCAAGGAUUUAAAAUUCCGUGAGCAGCACGUGCUAGUUCAGUUUUGGUCCCCUGUUCCUGUCCGGAAGCGGUGGUUGCUAACGACUUGGGACCAACCUUUUGGUCUUGGUUUGGCUGAUGAAGAGCUGUACUCAUAUAGAAAAAAGUCUGAACUGUGUCCAAUUGUUGCGGAUUUUGAACACAGAGAAAAAUUAGGUUCACCAGGUCGUGUGUAUAUCCAUAAGUUGCCAGAGUGGAGUUUGGAUGUACAUACAAGCUACAAUAUCCGUGGAUAUAUUAAUUUGCCUGUAUUUGAAUCUAGCAGUGAUAGUUGCGUAGGCGUACUUGAAAUCAUAACAUCAUCGAGUUAUGUUGAUUUUGCGUUUGAGGUUGAAGAAGUCUCGAGAGCACUGAAGACACAGAAUCUGAAGUCUCCAAAGGUGUUUGAGGAUCCAAGCGUUAGUAUUGCAGAUGAAAGAAGGCAACGUGAACGGGAUGAAAUCUACCAGGCUUUAAUAACGGUUUGUGAUACACAUAAUUUACCUCUAGCUCAGACAUGGGCUCCUUCUGGAUACAGUAGUUAUGUGGCUAAAUCAGAAAAUCUAGAGCAGAGUUGUAGCAGCUUCAACAGAAGCUGUAUAGGGAAAGUCUGCAUUUCAACAGUUGAUCUACCAUUCUACGUUCGAGACGUUAACUUGUGGGAAUUCCAUGAAGCCUGCAGAGAGAGACACCUAGACAAAUCUAAAGGAGUUGUUGGGAGAUCGUUGUCGUCCUGUGGUACAUGCUUCUGUGAAGAUGUAACAGAACUCGAUGAAGACGAUUACCCUUUGGUUCACAUUGCACGCAAGAGUGAGUUAACUAGUUGUUUAGCUAUCUAUCUCAAGAGUCUUGAAUCAGAUGGUGAACAUGUUAUAGAGUUCUUUUUACCAGAAUAUAUCGCAAACGAAACAGGCCUGAGAAGGUUGUUGGAAACAGUUAAGCAGCAGAUCAAAAGCUCUUCUUGGAUGCAAUUAGAUAUUAUAUCACCUCCCCAAGUCAUUGGAGGUGUCCCCUUUAAGUGGGACUUCGCGUCUCCACCUUCUCCUGUAAACUUAUUGACUGAAAAAGGGGAGGCACCGCCACCUGAAUCAGAAAAUAUCGAAAAUGAGCUAUCUAACUCUGCUGCAGCAGGAACAAGCCAGAGUGUUGUUCCUUAUUCGGAGAGCAAGAUUGAAGAUUUUAGUAUUGAUCCAGGAAAAACAAGUAGAAAAAGGAAGAGAUCGGAUAGAAUGAUUAGUUAUGACGAAAUAAAGAAACAUUUUGGGAAGACAAUGGACGAAGCUGCAUCUAUCCUUAAAGUUAGCAGAUCUACUUUGAAGCGCAUUUGCAGGAAUCUUGGUAUACCAAGGUGGCCACACAAGAAUGGCCCUGAUAAGAGUGAUACUGAUACCUUUAUGAAGUCAGAUCAAACAGUAGGCGUCUUUACAUCUGAAGGAGCGCCUACCUCAGUUCUUGGUGCAUCCAAUGAACCAUUUUGUGGUACAACAUAUACAACUCGUGAUCCCAAUAUUCUUACCGAAAAUGGUAAGCAUGGUUCCACGCAUGUACCCCACCAGAAGGAACAAGCAAAUCCGCCUGAUGAAUUUGUACAGCCCGAAACAUCCAUCAGUGGAAGUUUUUUCGAGACAGAUAGAGAUGUGACGAUUAAGGCAACAUAUAGAGAAGAUACUAUAAAGUUUACAUAUCGCCUUUUAGAUGGAUUGGUAAAGCUGGAGGAGUUGGUUGCAACACGGUUUCAGCUCAGGAUUGGAAGCUUUAGACUGAAAUAUAAGGAUGAAGAUGGCGACAUGAUAUUGAUUGCUUGUGAAAAUGACUUGUUAAGAUCGGGUGGUUUUAGGCAACAAGAUUCUAAGACUGUGAUUAAGCUAUCCGUACAUUUGGUUGCUGAUCAAAGUUCUGAUGCUUAGGCUUUGUUUUGCUUCUUAUUAGAGAUGUAUAUAUGAGAUUUGUAUUGUGUGCAUUAGUUUUGAUGAGUUGUGUUAGUUAGGUUGGUUAGGUCGGUUACCUCUAUAUAUAGAGGAGUUUGUUGUAAACAUAACUAACCUUUCAUUUUCUGUUAUGAUAUGAGCCUGAACCAUUUCUUCAUGGUAUCAGAGCCAUAGUUUCCAGAUCC